AUGUCUUCAACACGAUCUUUAUCUCAUCCACCACAACAUUAUUAUAAACUAAAUACAAAACAACAACGAAAUUGGCGAAAGCAUACCAGAAAAAUUGAAAAAAAUGAAGCAUUAAAAUUAAAAUACCCAUCAUUUCAACCUUCAUCUGAUAUCAACAUCAUCCACAUCCAUUAUAAAUCGAAUCUGGACACAUUAAAUGAAUUAAUUGAAAAAGCACAACAAACAAAACGAUACACCCUCGAUACUGAAGGUGCAAAAAAUAAAAAACAUGAAAAAGAUGCAUUAAUACAAAUACAAUUCAUACACUCAAUCAAUUAUUCGACAAUAAUACUAAUUGAAACAAAUUAUCUACCUGAUCGACAUACAAUUUUAUAUGAAAAAAUAAAGGAAUUAUGGUCAACAAUAUUCGGCAAUUACAAUGAAAUUAUUACAUGGGGUCCAAUAGAAGAUGAAUUCAAAGAAUUUUUACAUCUGGAAUUUAACCAUAUAGGUAAGAAUAUUGAAGAUACUAAUUUACAAUCCUCGUUUAGAUCAUGGUAUUUCGAACAACAAAAAACGCAUCCAGAAAUGGAAAAGCGUGAUGUUGAUGAUACAGACGAUGAUGAAGAAAUGGAUGGAAGUGACGAAGAAUUAGAUUCAACAACUUAUGAUGAUGCAACAGUAUGGUCAUUACAAAAAGCAAUCGAAGUAACAUUUAAGAAAUUUCUCGACAAAUCAUUAACAGUAAACUGGUGGCAAUGUGGUCUUGAUUUAAAAUUAAACACAUGGAAGAAACAGUUAUUCAGUCGACAUAAUUAUGAUGAACAAAAAGAAAAACAAGAACGAUUUAAAAUGGUACAAUAUGCAACAAAUGAUUGUACUUCAGUAGCUGAAUUAUAUUUCCAUAUGUAUCCAGGCAAAUCAAAUGAUCAACAAACACCUCAAACACCACCAGCAACAACACAAACAAUUACAUUACCAGCACCAACAAUAACAUCAACAAAUAUUACAAAAAAUUUUCUAUAUGAAUUAUCCGACAUAAUGGAAGACGAAUUAAUUACAUCAUUAAAACCAAGGUUUAAUAAAAACGAAUAUGCUCCACGUCAAUCAAAUUAUUCACAAGAUGAAUUAAUAAUAACUACAACAGCACAAGAACUUGAUGAACUUAACUCGAAUGAACAACAACAGCAACAGCAAUCAACAACCACACAAACAACCACCACAACACUAUCAAAGUCUGAACGGCAACGACAAAAAAACAUGAAAUUAAAAUGGAAACAACGAAACCGACCCGACUUCCAACAUAAAAUUAAAAGACCGAUAUAUCAUAAAUAUGAUUACCAGAAAAUAAGAGCACAACUGGUCGAAGAUCAAAUAUAUACAAGUCAUCAAUUAACCAUUAACCGAAAAAAAGGUGAAGUCUUAAUUGGUUUAAAAUCAGCACUUAAAGAAGAAGAAGCCAAAAAAAAAAAUGAAAAUCAACUACUUCUCGAGAGAACAGUACGAAAAACGAUGGGGGGUGGUGGUACUGAAUCAAAUAAUUUAGCUAUUCGUGGAAUUCGUAAAUCAAAUUUAAAUAAACUUCAACAUAUUAUAACAAGUCAAAUUGAACAUACAUUUGUUAUGAAUGCUCUUUCAUAUUCAUACGAUCGAAAUAUUUCAUAG